AUGUCUUCAUCAGCUGGAAGAAAAAGAAUGAGAAUUGAAGAUGGAAAAAGUAAAAGCACGCAAUUCCAAUUUCAUCCUGAGAACUUUAAAAGCUUCUUUAGUCCAGACCUCUUUAGUUAUGCCGCUAAUUAUGAUCAUGAGGUUUUUAAAUACUUAAACAUAAUAAUUUUGGGAACACCAAAAACAAAAUUAAAUUUAUCAUUUCAAAUUGCAGAAUUGCUCAUAAAUAAUCAAGAAGUAGUAAGAAAAAAAUUAAAAAGAAAAUUAUGUCGCAUAUCACAUCUGUCAGAACUAAAUGAAAACUGGUUUCGAAGGAACCCGAAAAACAAAAAUGAAUUAAAAUUUUUGCUUGCAACACCUACAUUAUCUCAUCUUUUUGAUAUAUCAACCUCUUGGUCAGCUUGUUAUGGAAAAAAGCUUUUAAGGAAGUUUCAAUUUCUUUAG